UUUUUUGGCACGACGCCGCCCGUUCCCCUCUCGGUUCCUUCUUUCAGUCAAAUGCGUCUCCGAAACUUUGAACAGGUCGCGGUAUUCUUCAUUCUUCGAAGGCUAGGGUUUCUGAACCGCCAUGGCUGAACAAGUAAAUGCAACGGAAGUUUCUUUCUCCAUGAGAGAUGAGAAUGCUCUUUCUCCAGAAGAUUUAGCCUGGGUGGAUUCUUGCCUCACUGAUGUUCCGGAGGAUUCAGACAAUAAUGGCUGGGCAACUCUAAGAGACGCUCUAACAGAAGUCACCGAUAACUAUCCCGAGUUAUGUGUUCCCUCUUCAACAAGAACAAGAUUUCUAUUCAGAGACGAAGAUAUGGCUGAAACCGAGUCAAGUGAUAUGCCAACUUUUGGAGAAGAAGCUGAUUCAGUGAACGGCAGCUGUUCAUUGACCGAAGAAGUGAGCGAGAUACUCUCCUUGCUACGUUUUGAACCAGAUCCAUCAGAAAUCUCUUUACAAGAGGGUAGCUUUUCAACACACGACAACAGUUCCAUGACAAUAACCGGAACCCUUGAUCCCAUGGACACUCCCGAUGUCCAGGAAGAUGUUGAAAGAGCAGAAAAUGGUUCAGCAAGCGGGGAAGAGGCAGAACCCGAGUCAUUAUUGUCUGGAUUAGUCAAGGACGAUCUCAUGGGCAUGUCUAUUCAGGACAAUGUUGCUGAUCCCUUUGAUGGGUUCAAUAUUUACGAGGGUCAGAUUAAGCUCUCUCCACUCGAUAUUUUUAGGGUGUGGGAUCUAGAGAUUCCCGAGGACAAAAAUGAGGAAGAUGAGUUUGAGUGACAGCUAAAGAAGGCGCUUAACGAGCCUUCCAAAGAGCGACUGAAGCCACAGCCUAUUGACGAUGAUCCGAUUGUACAGGAGAACGGUAAUAUCGAUGAUCUGAUUGCCGGGAUCUCGGAUCUUUCUCUCACUGAAAGUGUUUAAGUAAUUUAGUGUUCUGUUUUCAGGUAGAGUGUUUAUAUCUAUCUUAGGUUCAUUCCUGUCGGACGUUGGUGUUUUUUUUAAACCGGUGGCUACCCCUCCGUUUUAGACUUGUCUAAUCAAAGCACUUUGGACCCUCUCGCUCGUUCCGAGGCUUUCACCAAAUUUUCUGUCCAGGAAUCAGGAUGACGUGGCCAGGCAGCCAUCUACCGUUGAUGUUAACUUCACUGAAUCUUGUGAGGCCUAAUCUCUGCCGUUAAAUCACUCAAAAUGGUUAUAACCUCA